UUAUUAUGUCAAGACUUUACUGAAGUCGCUGCCAUUAAUGUAACGUACAGGUUGCCAUAAAAGAAGACUCCAGUUAGUCAACAGGGAGAGAUUUUAUAUUGGACCUUUAUAUUUACAAUAGUAUGACUUGCAAUGACACAUAAGCACAGAUUCUGGACUCACCCCAACCUGCUGCAUUUAACACAAAACAUUUCUUUGUCUGAAUGAGAUGUAAAUGCAGCCAUUUGUUUUGUUAAAAGGAAAGUAGCCUUCACUGUUGCAGAAGGGUGUGCUUUAACUGCACUAUCAACAUAGUUGCAUUCGUGGGUGUUGUCAGGUAAAGCUCAUACACCAAACGUCAUUUAACACUGCAAAUAACCUUGAACAGUUGACAUAAGAACAGCAGGUCUGCAUGUGGUCGGAAGUACGAGGCGGCCAUGAAGGCAUCACCAGCCCACAUACUGCUCGUCUUCAGCACCGGGAGCAGUGAUCCAGCCUGCAGAGCUCUUCCGGACGCGGAUAAUCCCCAUCUCUACCCUACCCACACAGCCCUAAUGCAAUCAGGAGGGAUUGCUAUACCUCACCUCCAGGGAAACACGUUUUGGAAGCAAAUGCAAGUUACGACAUAGCAGUCCACCAUUAGGAGAAGCCCGGACGAGGAGGGAGAUGGAUAUUUGCGUUUCGCAUUAUUGUGUGCAUAGCCCAAACUGCCAGUGAUAAGCCGAUUCUCCAUACUAUGACAGCUGCUGUCGCAUUUCAUCUAGUUCGAAGAAACUACUGAAAGAACAUCCUGCUUUCUUUUUUUCUUUUAAAUUUUAUUUCAGCACCAUGGUGACAUACAAUCUGGUAUUAACUUUCUUUAUCGCGGCUCUCUGGCGCGUCGGUGGCGAACCACAAACUCCUUCUUCACCUGCGACGCACUUCAAUUCAACAUCACCGUCAUCCAUCAGCAGCCAAGAUGAAGAGUUGCCACAGAAUGUCACAGAUGCCGCCGUGGGCUCCCCGAUUUCAUCUCUAAUGACUCAUCUUCCCACUAUCAAAAACAUUGUUAUUUUCAUCUGCGUGUUAACAGCUGCUCUCAUCACGUGCCUGGUCAUCAAAGUGGUCAGAUCUGGGAGACGAAUCAGAAAAACCAGGAAAUAUGACAUUAUAACGACACCUGGUGAGCGUGUGGAGAUGGCCCCUCUUAAUGAGGAGAACGAUGAUGAGGAGGACUCGACCCUGUUUGACAUCAAAUACAGGUGAAUCCCAGCAUGGACGUCAAUAUUUGAUAACUCCUGUUUUUUGCUCUGGACAACUCGAGUGAUUUCCUGUUUUUGGUGUCGUUAAAGUCCCAUCGGAUCAGCAAUGCCAUAUGCGGCUUGUGCAUGGCUUUAAUCUGUGUUGAAAGGACUGGAGCCACAGGGAUAUCAAUGUUUGCUGCUUUACUGCGGCUUCCAUCAUGUAGCACAAAUUACCUGCACAAUUAUUUCUGACAUUAGUGAAAUCAGAAUGAUUUUCUGACAGUUAUUGUUAUUGAUUGAUUUAGUUUUCUGCGUUUAAAGCUACAGUAGUUUGGGCUGAGGAGUUGAUAGUAGGAGGGAACCAGCGUCUGCUUUGAAGCUAUGAUAUACCCAUAUUAAAAUGUAAUACCACCAGUUAGUGCAUCAAAUGUUAACUUGCCACACAUAUUGCAUAGAGAAUACUUUAUUCAAAUGUACAAAUGUGCACAUUUAAAAAAAUCUAUUGAUAUACAGCAACAGAUUUCUUUCUAAACAAAAGUUUAUACCAAAUAUAUUUCUAUCUACUAACAACUUAGCUGUGCAUAUAUACUGUUGAAGGUGGUCUGUCCUUAUCUAUGAAGUAAGCCUAUAUUUUUUUUUACUGUAUGUUGUAGACGUUCCUGUUUCGCUGCUAUCUCAGCUGAAUUACGUUUUUUGAGGUUCAAAUUUGAUUAAAAGCUCAAAUAAUAUAGUCAGGGUAUAUUUGUGAGGUGUUUAUGAAUUACAUCCGUUUGCUAUGAAUGUGAAUGCUGUAAUCCGUUGCGAUCAAGUGUGUUCAAUCAUGUGACAACGUUGUUUUAUCAAACAACCACUGAACGAUAUAUGAACAACAGUAUUGAACAUGUUCGACACGACGCGCACACAGCGUCUUAUUUUCUAAAUGAAAAACGGUCAUACAAAACAUUUUAGUUACUCAAUUAAAAAUCAUAAAAAAAUCUGGUAUCUCUUGUUUGAGAUAGGUGCACAGUUGAUAACGUAUUCAUGGGACGUGUCCCACAAUCAUUUCUAUUAAUGGCUCACUGACUCUUGUAAUGUCUAACUAGAAAUAGAGUGUUUUCUCCCCAGAAGAGUUGCUUCUCUUUGCCAUACAGGUUCUGGUAAAAAGAAAAGAAAAAAGUGUUCUGAUCGUUUCAAGUAGCUUUGACUGUUGGAAAUGUUUUGACGUGUGGGUUUAAGAUGGAAGUUUUACUUGAUCGUAAUGAAGUCCUCAAACCAUUUGGCCCAUUAGAUAAAUAUAAAAUUACUUAAAAGCACAACAGGUUUAUUCAAAUUGUUAUAACUUUAUUUCAAACACAGAAUAUACAACCAACCAAAAGUCUGAUAUAAAGUACGCAGAAGAAAUAACAGAGUAGUUCACAAACCUUCUCUGCACCCUAAAUGUAAUUAAAGUAAACCAACAACAUGGCAGAAUACACCUAGAUUAGGUUUCUGCAGUAGAGGGGGGGGGGGGGGGGGGGGGGGGGGGGGGGGGGGGGGGGGGGGGGGGGGGGGGCUUGUGUUGUAGGUGACCUUCUGUUUGAAUCCAAACUGAUUGACUAUCUGAUAAAGUGCACCAUGGUGAACAGCUGUUUCUGGAUGAAAAUCAGAAACAUCCCUCGUAACAGAACAGAUUGUCAGGCCCAACUUGUACGACUCUUUCUUUCCAGGAGAAGGAACAGUGUGCUGUAAACGAAGCCAUUGACAUUCACAGAAGAUUGGAUACAUGUGUUGUUUAUCUGUUAGAUGUACAAGAGGCAUGGAGAGAUGUGUGUGAAUGUCUGAUCAGGUUUUUUAAUCAUAUGUGAAUCAAACUGUCUUGUUUUUGAUAUAAUGAUCUUUAGCAGACAGCUGCCUAUUUCCUGUGUUAUCCAUCAGACUGUAUGACCACUGUUCCUUUCAGUAUUGUGUGAUCAUGUUUCAUUUGAGUUGUUGACUAUGUGCAGAGAAGUGCAGAUCCUUUUUUGUGCCUCUGCUAAGUUUGUCUCAGAGGAGUGUGUCUUCCAUCAGACGUCUUUUAUGUGACCUUUAGUUGCGAAUGAACUGAUGGAAAACCAUAAUUUCACUCUACAGAGGCUGAUUCUCUGCUACAGACAGUUCCUGUUG